AUGGCUACCCUUUCUCUCCACACUUGCAAAGUUCAGCAGCCCGAGGCAACCAUUAACAGAAUUCACAUUUUCCUCCACUUCACAGCCAUACUAUUCCUACUUUACUACAGGACCACCCGUCUCUUCCUUGAAAAAAAUGUUCCCACAUUAGCAUGGUCCCUCAUCUCCACCUCCGAGCUCAUCCUCACCAUCAUUUGGAUUCUCAUUCAAGCCUUCAGGUGGCACCCAGUGUCACGUUCUGCUAUCCCGGAGAAUAUACCUGGAGGCAUUGAAUUACCGGGGCUUGAUGUGUUUGUAUGCACACUGGACCCAAAAAAAGAGCCUACAAUAGAAGUGAUGAACACUGUUUUAUCGGCCAUGGCACUAGACUACCCGCCCGAGAAGCUCUCAGUGUAUCUUUCAGAUGAUGGGGGUUCUAAUAUUACAUUGUAUGCUAUAAAAGAAGCAUGUUCUUUUGCUAAGUCAUGGCUACCAUUUUGUAAGAAAUAUGGGAUUAAGUCAAGGUGCCCUGUGGCUUAUUUCUCAUCAUAUGCUGAUGAUGAGCGGCUUCUUUGCAGUGAUGAGUUCAGGAUAGAGGAGCAGAAAAUCAAGGCCAAAUAUGAUGAAUUCAAAGGAAAAGUUGAGAAAGUUGGUGGCGAAGAUGAAAACAACAAAGUUGUGCCAGACCGCCCACCGCGCGUCGAGAUAAUACAUGACAACAAAAACAACGAAGAGAACGUUGAGGACCAAACUCAGAUGCCUCUUCUUGUCUAUGUCUCUCGGGAAAGAAGACCAUCAUGCCCUCAUCGUUUUAAAGCCGGAGCCCUCAACACCUUGCUUCGAGUUUCGGGAGUAAUCAGCAAUGGCCCCUACUUAUUGGUGCUAGACUGUGACAUGUACUGCAAUGAUCCUACAUCUGCUCGCCAAGCAAUGUGCUUCCAUCUUGAUUCCGAGUUAUCUCACUCACUUGCCUUUGUUCAAUACCCUCAAAUUUUCUACAAUAUUAGCAAGAAUGACAUAUAUGAUGGUCAAGCAAGACCUGCUUACAAGACAAAGUGGCAAGGCAUGGAUGGGCUAAGAGGGCCAUUACUCUCUGGAACUGGCUUUUACUUGAAAAGGAAGGCAUUAUAUGGGAAACCUAAUCAAGAAGAUUUGUUUCUAUCUGAGCCUGAAAAGAAUUUUGGUACUUCCUGCAAGUUCAUAUACUCGCUAAAGGGCAAUAAUGAACAAUUUGUAGCCAAGAAGGACGAUUCAAGGGAUGCAAUUUUAGAAGAGUCCAGACUCUUAGCUAAUUGUGCAUUUGAAGCAAACACAGAAUGGGGAAAAGAGAUAGGAUUCUCGUAUGAUUGUUUGUUGGAGAGUACAUUCACAGGGUAUCUUUUGCACUGCAAGGGGUGGAUAUCAGUGUAUCUUUACCCCAAGAGACCAUGUUUCUUAGGGUGUACCACCAUUGAUAUGAAGGAUGGCAUGGUUCAGCUUAUGAAGUGGUUUUCCAAUUUGGUACAGGUUGGGCUCUCGAAAUUCAGUCCUCUUACAUAUGGGGUUUCAAGAAUGUCCGUUCUUCAAAGCAUGUGUUAUGGAUACUUCACUUUCUCAUCCUUUCUCUCUGUCGCUCUUCUCUUAUAUGGCACGGUUCCUCAAGUGUGUCUCCUGAAUGGCAUUCCUUUAUACCCUAAGGUUUCAGACCCAUGGUUUGCUGUGUUUGUGGCAAUUUACACGUCCUCCCUUUUCCAGCACUUAUAUGAGGUCCUCUCAAGUGGUGGCUCAAUUAUGACUUGGUGGAAUGAACAAAGAAUUUGGAUAAUAAAGUUAAUUUCUGGGUGCUUAUUUGGAGUUCUGGAUGCCAUCAUGAAGUGUUUAUGCAGAAAGAAAGUGGAUUUAAGCUUAACAAAUAAAGCUGUUGACAAAGAAAAGUUUGAGAAAUAUGAAAAAGGUAAGUUCGAUUUUGAAGGGGCUGCCAUGUUCCUGGUCCCCUUGUUAAUACUGGUCCUAUUAAACAUUGUUUGCUUCUUUUGUGGGCUAAGAAGAGUGGUAAUUGAGAAGAGUUUGGAUGAGAUGUUUGGACAAGUUUUCCUUUCGUUCUUCAUUCUAAUUCUGAGUUAUCCGAUUCUUGAAGGAAUGGUGACAAAAGGAAAGGGAAAAUAG